AUGCCACCAACCCUCACCAGCACCUGGGCCGUAAAAGCCAAAGCAGGCGAACCCCACGCCCUCAUUCGCAUCCGCAACCUCCAAUCCACCGCCCGCAUCGGCGUCGACGCCUGGGGUCGCCCGAACAAAUCCCAGCCCAUCCUGGUCUCCGUCGAAGUCUCCCUCGCCCAGCCCUUCGCCGAGUCCUCGUCCACCGACAAGGUCGAGACCGACACCGUCCACUAUGGCCGUCUGAGCAAGGCUGUCCUUGCCACCCUCCGCGAGGUGGAUACCGCUGCCGCCGCUGGUGAUGGCGCCGCUGUCUCGCUGCGCCGCCUGCUGGAUAUUAUCUGGUGGGAGCUCGCGAGUGUUGGCGUCGAUGGGUCACCGGCGCCAGGGGCCGUGGAUGUUGAGAAGGCGUUUUUGAACCUUUCUGGCGUUAGAUACUUGAGCGUCACACUUCACUUGCCGAAGGCGACCUUGUCUGGCGGUGGGGUGAGCUUGACGGGUACUUCGCUUUUCGAGAUGGGGCCUCUGGGACCUGAGGUGGACGUGUAUGGAGUAUGCUUGCAGCUUCACAAGUUACAGGUGCCUACGUUGAUAGGCAUUAACACCAACGAGAGGGAAGCGAAGCAGCUGGUCAUUGCGGAUAUCAAGAUUGACAAAUUUAUUGAGACUACCGACGUCUAUCCGGCAUUAGAGAAAGCUAUCCACAAGGCAGGUCACCUCCAUCGGCCCCCAUCCAACCCCGCGAGAGUGAACAUGUCGAAUUCAUCCUUCGGUACCCUUGAGGCCCUAGCUGUGGAUUUAGUUUCCUCAAUAAACGCCACGAGAAGCGACGCGCCGAGAGAGCCCUCGUUGCCGGAUGCAUGGCAAGUUAAGAUUCAGCUUGAAAAGCCCGUUGCUGUACCCCUUGCAGAAGGUGCAGGGAUCGAGUUUCUGUCAAACUCAUCCGCACAAUCGUGA